CAUAAGGGAGGAGACAUUGUCCUUGGUGUCUGCAGGAAGAUGGGGUACUGGGACAUAGAAGAGGGGACAGAAUGUGUCCAAAAAACCUGGCUAACCACAAAGCUGGGGGCAACUAUAGGUCUCAUUGGGUCUGCAUAUCACAUUGUGGCAUUUCAGCCUAAGACGGCUUUGCAGGGAGUUCAAAGAGCGACGAUGGGAACACUCACAAUGGCAUCACUUGGUGCCAUCUUUGGAAUAACCACCUGUCUUAGUGCUCAGAUUCGGAAUAAACCAGAAGACCCAUUGAAUUACUUUGUCGGAGGCUGUGCUUCAGGCAUCUUUUUGGGGGUUAAAACUCACAACUACAUGACUGGGACCACUGCAUGUCUUGCUCUUGGAACAAUCGCUGCCAUAGCAAAGAUUGGCAAGAAGGAAGGCUGGGUAUUCCUCCCAUCUGAGCCCAAACUGUGACCAUCCUUCUCUCCUGUAAAAUAACAAAAUAAAGCCCUUUAUAUAUUUAGAUCACGUGUAAUUAUCUCUCUAUGCUAGGUUGCUCAUAUCAUGAAAUGUACCCCGACAUUAAAAGGCAGAAGAAAUUUCAA